AUAUCUAAAAAAUAUCGUCCUUAUCCAAAUACCAAGUAACAAAACCCCCACAAAAUAUCGCAGUAUUUAACGGGAUAUAGUAUAAUAUAAACCAUCAUCAUUAUGCAGCCUUAUCGUUAACACUAUUUCUCUCCGUUUUUCUGAAAUUACCUUUUCACAACAAUGAAUUCAUCAUCGCUACUUCGUCCUUCUCCUCCUCCUCUUCUUUUUCAUCGCAACCGUUUCGUUAUUUCUUCUUCAUCUAGAAACCAAUCUUACAUCCCUAAACUCGAACCUUUUAGCCGAUCCAAAAUCGACAGAGUCGCUAAAAGCCUCCCUAUCAUUGAAAAAUCUGAAAAAGAUCUCUCCGAUUAUUGUUCUACACUUGAAGGUGAUGAAUGUUAUAGUUGCUGGCAGGCUUAUUUUGAGCUCAAAGAUCUUCAAAAGGAGUCACCGAGAGGAGAUAUAGAGAGGUUAAUUAUUCAGAUUGGUGGUGUAAAAUCCUUGAUAGGAUGUUUACAUGGAAUUGCUGCAAUUCAUAAAUCGAAGAAGAAUGGAUCAAAUUUGGGCAUGGAAAUAGAAUCAGAAGAUGAACAAAAUCGUUGUCCUAGACCAGAUGGAUUACCAAAAUCUGCUGAGGAAAUGAUGGAAGAAGAGGAAGCGAAAAUGCCUGAUUCGUCGUAUACUAAGCUUUAUAGAUCCAUGGGAAAGUCACCUGCAUGGUAUUCUGAAGUACCAGAUCAUGAAACAGAUUGAUGAUUAGUGCAAUUUAACCUGUUUAUUUCUUUUUUGUUUGUAGAGAAUGAUUAAUCAUGUGAAUGUGAAUAUGUUAGUAGUAUGCUAGUUAUGCUCCUAUAUUUGUGAGGUUUUUGUUUUUGUUUACUUUGGUUAUUGCUUUUCAUAAACCAUGAUGUCAUGAAAUUUCAGGAAGUAAUGUAUAUAACAUGUAUCUUGUUUUUCACAAUUUUAAAGUUUUGAUCUAAUGGAAUGAAGUUUGAUAUUUUUA